AUGGAAACUCAGGUAGAAAUCAGCCAUAAGAAGCCAGAAAAGCCCCGCACAGGAAUUCUUGCAACUACCGUACAAGGCUUUAAAGACGAAUUAGAAAAUACGUACAAAAUAGAUAUUUCUAAGGUCUCUCAAGCAUGUGAGAUAUUGCCACAGAACUAUAACUUUGAAAUCUGGAAGACCCUGUACAGGAUCUGACUUUCGAAGAGUAAAUAUGAAGGAGAGAAGAAGUAUAAAGUCGCACUCCAGUUCCCAGAAGGGUUGCUACUAUACUCUACAUUGAUAGCAGAUCUUAUUACAAAGUACUGUGCUAGUGAAGAAGACGAUAUAGAGGUACUGAUCAUGGGAGAUGUCACCUAUGGAGCAUGCUGUAUUGAUGACCUCGGCGCAAGGGCUCUUGGGGCUGAUUUUAUGGUCCAUUAUGCUCAUAGUUGUCUCGUACCUAUCAAUGAAAUGGCUAUUAAAGAUAUACUCUACGUCUUUGUCACUAUUGGGAUAAAUCUAGAGCAUUUUGUAAAUACAAUUGUGCAUAAUUUAUCUGACCAUAAAAGUAGUGAUAUUUAUUUGUUAGGAACAAUACAAUUUACAAACUCUCUUUUCAUGUGUAAGAAGAAGCUACUUGAAGAAGGAUUUGAAAGCAUAAUAAUCCCGCAGACAAAGCCGAGGUCCUCUGGAGAGGUACUUGGUUGCACUGCUCCAAUCAUCCCAGAAUCUGAGAGCAAAGAAAUGAUUGCAAUCUUUUUGGCUGACGGUAGAUUCCACAUAGAAUCAACUAUGAUCCAGAAUGAUCAUAUCGAUCAUUUUUAUCAAUACGAUCCUUAUAGUAGAAAUUUUACUGUCGAAAAGUACGAUACUGAGAAGAUGCACAAGAUAAGGUACGAAGAGAUCGAGAGAGCCAAGAGCGCUAAAACUCUCGGUAUCAUCCUUGGCACUCUUGGGAGGCAAGGCAACACAGGGCUCUUAGAAAACUUUAGGAGCAUCUGCAAAGAGCAAGGAAUAAAAUCAUUCAUACUCCUUCUUAGUGAGAUAACUCCUCAGAAGUUGGCGAAGUUUAAAUCAGUUGAUGCUUGGGUGCAGAUUUCAUGCCCUAGACUCUCUGUGGACUGGGGCCUACAGUAUGACAAGCCUUUACUGAAUACCUACGAAGGAUAUGUGCUUUUGGACCAGAUCAAAUGGCAAUCCACUUAUCCAAUGGACUUCUAUAGCGACAGAGCCGGCGAAUGGGGAGUUUAUUACAAGAUUAACAAAAUGAGAGAGGAGAAGAAAGCUAUGAGGAAGAAGAAAAAGGUCAAAAUCGGCUAUGAAAAUUAAUUUUGGUAAAUAUCUUGUUUCUCUGG